AUGAUCGGGAAGAUAGUUUUCAUUCUUUCGGCGUUGGCCCUGGCCAGGGCCCAGAUACCCAGUCUGGGUUUCUGUCCAGAUUACGUACCCAUGGCAAACUUUGAUAUGACCAAGUUCUUAGGUGUCUGGUACGAGGCAGAGAGGUACUUUCAGCUGACAGAAGUAAUAUCACGAUGCGUAACGACGAACUACACGUCGGCCCCCGGCGGCAAGAUUCGUGUCAGCAACGAAGUGACGAACAGAUUCACGGGCAUCAAGAGAGUGGUGGAAGGUGAAGUGAAGAGAGCUCCGUCGAAAGCCGAAGCGGGAAAACUGACUGUAAAAUACACGAUACCAUUGACCCCCGAAACGAAGUAUUCUAUACUUGAAACAGAUUACGAUAGCUACGCAGUUUUGUGGAGCUGCUCUGGUAUCGGACCAUUCCACACGCAAAAUGCGUGGGUCAUGACGAGGGAGAGACUGGCGCCAGGAACAGUUUUACAAAAGGCUUACGCCGUUUUGGAUAAGUACAAAAUUUCGAAAACGUUCUUCGUGAAAACGGAUCAGGAAGACUGCGCGUAUUUAGACACAAAUCCAGUGGCACCGGCUGAAGAAACCGCAGAAAAUAGUAGCGAAGAGAAUGUGAGACAGGCGAUAGCGCCCGAUGUACCGGAAAUAAUCGUUGAAAUAGAGAACGCAAAAGAGGAGGAGAAAUUGUUGUUGAAAAAGUCCGAAGCCGUUGAAAGCGGAAAAAGGAAACCGGUUAACAUAAUACCUGAGCGAAUCAUGGAGAUAGCCGCCGAGGCUGCGAAAGAAGAAAUGCCAAUGGACGACGCGAAAAUAGAAGAACCGAAGGCAACUGAGGCUGUAAAGGAGAAACCCGAGGGGGGAAAUGUGAAGCAGACGGAAAAGGCUACUUUCACACCACCUAUACUUAUACCACAACACAUGAUCGCCUUACAUUACUUCGUUAUUACUGGACUGAUCGAAAUUUCUUUUCGAAAAGAAGGGACGAUGUUACGGAUAUACUUAAUUUUACUAACUGCAAGUGUCACGAUGGCACAAGUACCAUUUCUGGGCACCUGUCCCAUAUUAGAAACAAUACCGAAUUUCAACGUGGUGAAGUAUCUGGGAAAGUGGUACGAGAUCGAGAAAUAUUUCGCAUUUUUUGAAUUCGGCGGAAAAUGCGUGACUGCCACAUUCAGCGAGGCCGAAGAUGACUCUGUCAACAUUUUGAACAAGCAAAUAUCCGCCUUGACCGGGAUCUCGUCAAGUAUCGAAGGGGUUGGAAAGCCAUUUCUUAGGGCGGAUCAAGCGAAACUAACCGUUACGUUCCCGUCCUUGCCUGUGCAAGUUGGUGCACCCUAUUGGAUCCUCGACACCGAUUACACAACCUAUGCGGUCGUGUGGAGUUGUUCGAAUUUUGGAGUAUUUAGCAUGAGGAACGUUUGGAUUCUGGCGAGAGAACCAAAGCCACCAGUAGCCGUUUUAGAAAAGGCGUAUCAAGUAUUAGAUAAAAAUAGUAUAAGCAGAGCGUACUUUAUCCGUACAGAUCAGAAAAACUGUCCGGCAGAGAAUUAA